AUGGGGAGGCUAUGUUCUCCAAAAUGUAGAUUUGCAAGAAUAAUGGGUUGGCUUCAAAUCGUGCUGGGAGGUCUUGCUAUUGUUGUAAGCAUAGCAAGUCUCUUUAAGUUCUAUACCGCAGGAUUUUUCCUUAACCAUGAAGACAUAUGCCACGACUUUUAUCAUGUCAGUGAUGCUUCUGUUGGAUUCGAUAUAAGAGCAUUGAACGAUCGAGUUGGAGAAGUUCUUGAUAGGAUGGAUAAAUUGCAAGAAAAGUUGGAGAAAAAGGUGCAAGAAAUGGAGAAGAACAGAGAUGAUUUGGGUAAAACUACAAUGACAAGAUUGGAGCACAAGAGGUUUUUGGAGCAAGAGGUGAUUAGGCCACUCUAUGGUGCUCACAUUGCUCUUCGGCAGAUUCGGCUACCGAAGGCUGAGGGGAUUAGAAACUCAACAAUGAAGGAGGAGCCUUUGAUUAACACUUUUGUUGUUGAGGAGAUUCGAAAGUACAUCACUCCGAAAGAAAAUAGAGUUGGGAAUACAAACAUAUAUGGGACGGAGAGGAUAUAUAACACGAUAGGUCAUGCCUGUGUUUUAAUGAAGAAAGAAUUAGAAGAAUACAUGGACUAUGACAUUGGUUCUUACUGUAAAGAUGAUUGGAACCUGGCUCAGAAGCUCAUGGUCAAUGGAUGCGAUCCGUUGCCGCGACGACGGUGCUUGACAAGGGCCUCCAAGGUCUAUCAGAAGCCGUACCCCAUCAACGAGUCCUUGUGGAGAGUGCCAGAUGACAGAAAUGUGAGGUGGAGCAAUUAUCAAUGCAGAAAUGUUCAAUGCUUAUCGAGCAAGAAUCCGAAGAGGGGUUAUUCAAAGUGCACUGGUUGUUUCGAAAUGGACAAGGAAAAGCUGAAGUGGGUAACUAAUAUCUCGCUUCCUGUCGAUUUUCUGAUCAAAGAUGUUUUGGCAAUCAAGCCGCGAGAAAUACGGAUCGGUCUGGAUUUCGGAAUUGGAACAGGAACUUUUGCUGCCAGGAUGAGAGAACAGAAUGUCACCAUUGUCUCAACUGCUCUAAACCUCGGAGCUCCAUUCAAUGAGAUGAUUGCACUUAGAGGUUUGAUUCCUCUGUAUGUGACGUUGAACCAACGCCUUCCGUUCUUCGAUAACACAAUGGACUUGAUUCAUACCACUGGAUUUAUGGAUGGCUGGAUUGACCUGAUGCUGAUGGAUUUCAUCUUGUUCGACUGGGAUCGGAUUUUAAGGCCUGGAGGAUUGCUAUGGAUUGACAGGUUCUUUUGCAACAGGAAGGACUUGGAUGAUUAUAUGUACAUGUUUCUUCAGUUCAGGUACAAGAAGCACAAGUGGGCUGUUUCUCCUAAAUCAAAGGAUGAGGUCUACCUUUCUGCAUUGUUAGAGAAACCUCCAAGAGCUAUUUGA